GGUUUGACCUCUUAUGAUCCGGAAGCUGACGCCAGACCCGAGCUGUUCCAUCGGCGGAAUAAAGAUGGCUGACCAAGGCGCCGCAGAUCCUGGUAAUAACAACAAUAAUAAACCUGAAGCAUCGGAGGGAACUAUUAUCAAGGUCACAGUAAAAACCCCGAAAGACAAAGAAGAAAUCGCCAUCGCAGAAGAUGCGUCUGUCACUCAGUUUAAAGAAGAGAUCUCGAGGCGGUUUAAAGCCAAACAGGACCAGUUGGUUCUGAUUUUUGCAGGGAAGAUCUUGAAGGAUGGCGACAGCCUCAGCCAACACGGCAUCAAGGAUGGCCUGACAGUUCACCUGGUCAUAAAGACAGCACACAAGGCAGGAGAUGGCGGUAGCACCUCAGCCUCCAGCUCAACCCCCACUCAAGCAGGCAAUACCUCCACCUCUAGUCCAGGUACAAACUCCUCCUCCACAGCAGGCUCUACUGGCACUGCUGCAUCACCCACACAGACGCCCAACAUACUGACUGGCUUCGGUGACCUGUCCGGUCUGGCUGGACUGGGCAUGGGCUCAGCUAACUUUAUGGAGCUGCAGCAACAGAUGCAGAGGCAGCUGAUGUCCAACCCAGAGAUGCUGUCUCAGAUCAUGGAGAACCCGUUGGUGCAGAACAUGAUGUCCAACCCAGACCUGAUGAGACAAAUGAUCAUGGCCAACCCUCAGAUGCAACAGCUAAUGGAACGCAACCCUGAGAUCUCCCACAUGCUCAACAACCCUGAGCUUAUGAGACAGACCAUGGAGCUGGCCAGGAACCCAGCCAUGAUGCAGGAAAUGAUGCGAAACCAGGACCGGGCUCUGAGCAACUUGGAGAGCAUCCCAGGAGGUUACAAUGCCUUGCGGAGGAUGUACACAGACAUCCAGGAACCCAUGUUCAGCGCUGCCAGGGAACAGUUUGGAAACAACCCAUUCUCAGCUCUAGGUGGGAACUCUGAGUCUGGUGCCCAGCCAUCACGGACAGAGAACCGGGAGCCCCUGCCCAAUCCAUGGGGGCCUCCAAAUUCCUCUAACCCCUCUGAGAGUGGUGGAGCCCCCACAGGAAGCACAAGCACCACUGGAGGCACCAACCCCAGUGUGUCCAAUCCUCUGGGCAUCAAUCCUGGCAGUCUGGGCAAUGGGAUGUUUAACAGCCCCGGCAUGCAGAGUCUAAUGCAGCAAAUUUCGGAAAACCCACAGCUGAUGCAGAACAUGCUGUCUGCUCCAUACAUGCGCAGUAUGAUGCAGUCACUGUCUCAAAACCCAGAGUUAGCCUCACAGGUUUUGAUGAAUAACCCCUUGUUUGCUGGAAACCCACAGCUGCAGGACCAGUUCAGAUCUCAGUUGCCAAUUUUUCUGCAGCAGAUGCAGAACCCAGAAGCCCUGUCAGUGAUGACCAAUCCCCGCGCCAUGCAAGCUCUAAUGCAGAUCCAACAGGGUCUACAGACACUGCAGACAGAAGCACCAGGCCUCAUGCCCGGUUUGAUGUCAGGUGGAGUUCCCGGUGGAGUUCCCGGUGGAGUUCCCGGUGGAGUUCCCGGUGGAGUUCCCGGAGGAAUUCCCAGUGGAUUUCCUGGCUUAAUUCCUGGCUUAAUUCCUGGCAUACCCACAGGUGGGGGCAUGCCAACAGAGAACCCAGCCUCCUCACCAAGCAGUGCAGGAACAAACGCUGCCCAGCAACAGCUGAUGCAACAGAUGCUCCAGAUGUUUGCUGGAGGAGGAGGAGGAAUUGCAGGAGGAAUUGGAGGAGGAAUUGCAGGAGGAAUUGCAGGAGGAAUUGGAGGAGGAAUUGGAGGAAUUGGAGGAAUUGGAGGAGGAGUUGGAGGAGGAAAUGCAACGACCCAGACCCCAGAAGUGCGGUUCCAGUCCCAGUUGGAUCAGCUGAACGCCAUGGGCUUCAUCAACCGCGAGGCCAACCUUCAAGCCCUCAUUGCUACUGGAGGAGACAUCAACGCCGCUAUCGAGAGACUGCUGGGCUCACAGCCCUCGUAAAGACAUACAGUACAUACUGACACACAGACACGUGCAUACAUACACACCUAACUCAUAAACACACCCAGCAUCUACAGAGAACCAAGAGAAAUUUAAGUGUAUUGUCCCAAACUUUACAGAAGACACUUGGCAGGAUCUGUUAGACCCUCAUUCUACAUCUGUUCUCAGAUCAUUCCCUAGUCCCCAUACUUUUUGGCGUCAUCCAACCAGAUCUCUGUCACAGAGUGCUGCUGUAGAGCCGGACUGAGCCACUCUCAUCUUGAGGGGUGUUCUGGUGCAGAGAAAGGAGCGAAAACCUCUCCUGAAAAGGGACUCCCAACCAUGUCUUCAUUCACUGUUUUCUUCACAUAAAACUGGAGUUGAUUGUUGCAGACACUUACAUAAUACAGAUUAAACCCAUGUGAUGUGAUUGGCUGUUGGCUCUGUUUUACACAUGGCCAUUGUCAGGCAGUUUGUUAGCGUUUAACGAGCAAAUCAAAACAUGAAAAUGUUCUGGUAUACUGAUAGUAAACCUGAACACCAACAGGAAGACAACUUGUCCAUACAGACGUUCAACCCCAUUCCUCCCUAAAACCCAAUUCUCGAGAUCCUACAUAAAUAGCUGUUUUUGCCCAACAACUUUCACUAUUUAUUGCAAGCGCCUAAUAACAUGACGCCCUCCACACUUACCUUAACUUGUAAUUUGUCAUUCCAGAUAAAAGUGCCCACUCACGGGUGCACAGUGUCUUUUCCUUCUGAGGCACCACUGCUGUGCCUUCUGUCCUUCCCCGCCCUUUAAGAGCAUUGUUGGCAAUGACACCCCACGCGUUCAGUGGGUUGAUUAGAAACACCCAAUAAAUUCCACACAGCAUCAUCCAGAACUGCAACCAUAAUCAAAUAUCACAUUGCAGCAGCUCCGAAGCAGACAACGCUGUUGGAAUGAAUAUGAAUGAAACAAACAAGCUUUCCUUUUGUUUUAAUCUGAUUCUUCUUUUUUCAUUAUAUUUUUCUUUUUUUGAGGUGCAGUUAGCACCUAGAGAUAAUUGUGAUUUGUCUCAUCAAAUAAACAAUUGAAAUCAAGUGAGUAAAAAAUAAAUUAAUAAGUAAUGGAAAGGCUUUACAAACAAUUAUGGUAUGGUGGCGCCAUACAUUUAUAAAAUCAAGUUCUAGGAUGUCUUUUUUUGUUGUUGAAAAUCUCAGCAUUGUAGUUGUGGUAACCUUGGCAACUGCUUCUAUAGCUUUGCUUUGUCUGUUGACCUCAGCUGGAAAAAAAAUCCAUCUCACAAUUGAACAUGUUGAAACUAACUUUUAACAGUACUGUACUAAAGAAGAAUAAAACAUGGUCAAAAACAG